AUGAGUAACCCCUCGCUCUUUGCAGGUGGGGUGAUCAGCUACGUGGGCUCCAGCGGCGCCUCUCCCACCCGGACCAGCCCCGUCUCCCUCUGCAGCGACAGCUCCAACGGCAGCUCCCAGUCGGGAUCCCAGCCCUUCCCCACGUACUUCCCCCCGUCGCCCACCGGCUCCCUCCAGGAUUCCCGCGCCUACGGCGGGGGCUCGCUGGCCCCCCAUGAGGACGGCUCCCCUUCUUCCUCCUCCUCAUCCUCCACCUCCUCCUCCUCCUCGUCGUACGGCUCCUCGGUGAACUUCCCCGGGGUGCAGCCGGUCCCCGCGGACGAGCGGCGCCGCAGUUCGCCCAGCAAAGCCGGCAGCACCGCGUGUCCCAUGAACAGCCACGUUCCCGGGCGCAGCGGGCGCUCCGUGCAGGAGAUCUGGGAGGAUUUCUCCCUCAGCUUCACCCCCGCCGUCCGCGAGGUCGUCGAGUUCGCCAAGCACAUUCCCGGCUUCCAGGCGCUCUCCCAGCAUGACCAGGUCACCCUGCUCAAGGCUGGCACCUUUGAGGUGCUGAUGGUUCGCUUCGCGUCGCUGUUCGACGUGAAGGAGCAGACGGUGACGUUCAUGAGCCGCACGCGGUACGGGCUGGAGGAGCUCUGGGCCAUGGGCAUGGGGGACCUGCUCGGGGCCAUGUUCGACUUCAGCGAGAAGCUCAGCGCCCUCGAGCUCAGCGAUGAAGAG